GGGUAGAUGCCUGAACUGUAUGGAGCCCCUUUGAAAUCAAGAGACCUGAAUAGGUGCAGAGGUGUGCCCAUGUAGAACAACUUGCAGGCUCAGGACCAAGAAAGUUAACACAUUAAUCUUAUUGUGGUUUGCUAAUUUAAGUCAGCAGAAGAUGAGUCAUCUGGAAAAAGACUAUAAACAUUUGUCCCCUAGGAAUCCUAUUGAAGCUCUCAGACAUUGGCAACCUCCUUAUCACAGUGAUUUAAGCUGCCCAAUCUGCCUCCAAACAGCUACUUUCCCAGUAGAAACCAAUUGUGGACAUUUAUUUUGUGGUUCCUGUCUAAUUACAUACUGGAAACAUGGUUCCUGGUUAGGAGCAAUAAACUGUCCUCUCUGCAGACAAAAAGUGAUUGUUCUGUAUAAUGCCUCUUGUGAAAAUCAACAAGAUAAGCCAAGCAAGCAGACUGUACGUGACAUCAGAGAUUACAACAAGCGUUUCUCUGGCCAACCUCGACCUUUUGCAGAUUACCUUUAUGACAUGCCGCUACUCCUAAAUCUUGCCUUAAGAGGAAUCUUCACCCUGGGCGGUCUCGUAUGGAUCUUCUGCCUAAGAAUUGUUGUUUGCUCCUUUGGGACCAUCAUGUGCUUAACUUCCCGAUUUGACGUGAUGCAUGAACCUCUUUGUGGAAUCCUUGCAGCAGUCGAUGACCUAGUUGUCGUUUUCCUCCUCUUAAUUUGCAUGUUUAACAUUUGCCAGCAAAUGGAAUCAGAAGAUAUAAAUAUGGCAAGUUCUACAACUCAGACCAUGCUGUCGGAAUCCUGAUAGACUCAAACUUCUACUUCUUCAUGAGCCUUCAUCAGACUGUGUCAGGCUUCUCCAUGACUCUGGGGGCAGCAUGCGAUGGACUGAUUUUUUUGUUUGUUUUUGUUUUGAAGAACAUUCUAACAUUGACCUAUAGUAGAAUAAGACUCAGUACACUUGCCAUGGCCAAGUGAUUAAUUUGUGCAAAUGCUCACAAGCCUAGGUUAUUAAUACAGCUAUGUAUUUACUAGGUUCCUGUAUGGUGAAGCAGACUUUUAUGUGACUUCCCUUAACAUGCAAGACCUGAAAUGACAGUGUCUGGGAGCUACGUGUAACCCACACACCUCCUGGGUGUGGUGCUCUGUCCCAUGUAGUGGCACCAAGACCACUUAGAGAGAGAAUAAUGAGUCUGCUCUACAUCCUUAGCUAAGAGCCAUAUGGCUUUUAGCUCAUGCACUAGAGGCUCAUUCUCUAAGCUUCUGAGGUUUGAUCCCGCCCACCGACAAGUGGAGUCUGCUGGUGUUACAUAUGGCCUAAAAUUACAAAGCCGGUCA